CUCUGGAGUCUAGAACCCAAAAAAUGGUUGAUAAUAAGUUGAAAUUUGUAUGGUGUUUGUUGUUUAUGGUUAGCAGCAACAAGGAAGGAAGUAGUAAUAAUUAUGGUUGUACAUUCUUGAUUUUGAAGCAUCUAAUUUGCUUGCUAUACAGUCAUCUCAUCAAUGCCUUCCAAUAAUGCUUCCAAUGGUAGUCCGCAUACUACUAAACCAGCUCCAACUCCAUCACCUCUUCGUGCCUCGAAAUUUUUUCAGUCCAACAUGAGAAUUCUUGUUACUGGAGGGGCAGGGUUCAUUGGUUCUCACUUGGUGGAUAAGUUGAUGGAAAAUGAAAAGAAUGAGGUAAUUGUUGUGGACAAUUAUUUCACUGGCUCAAAGGACAAUCUCAGAAAAUGGAUUGGUCAUCCGAGAUUUGAGCUUAUUCGUCAUGAUGUCACAGAAACGCUGUUGGUUGAGGUUGAUCAGAUUUACCACCUUGCCUGCCCGGCUUCUCCAGUAUUCUAUAAGCACAAUCCUGUGAAGACAAUAAAGACAAAUGUGAUGGGCACACUGAACAUGCUGGGUCUUGCCAAGAGAGUUGGAGCAAGAAUCUUGCUUACUUCAACAUCAGAGGUUUAUGGCGACCCUCUUGUGCAUCCCCAGCCUGAAAGCUACUGGGGAAAUGUUAACCCGAUAGGUGUUCGGAGCUGCUAUGACGAAGGGAAGCGUGUGGCUGAGACUUUAAUGUUUGAUUAUCAUAGGCAACAUGGCAUAGAGAUACGAAUUGCUAGAAUCUUUAACACAUAUGGUCCCCGAAUGAAUAUUGAUGAUGGGCGUGUGGUCAGUAAUUUUAUUGCUCAAGCACUCCGUGAUGAACCAUUGACAGUCCAGGCCCCUGGGACACAGACACGGAGUUUCUGUUAUGUCUCUGAUAUGGUUGAUGGCCUCAUGCGGCUCAUGGAAGGGAAACACACUGGGCCUAUCAACAUCGGAAACCCAGGCGAAUUCACAAUGCUUGAACUUGCUGAGACAGUGAAAGAGAUUGUAAAUCCCAAGGUGGAAAUAAAAAUGGUGGAAAACACUCCGGAUGAUCCGCGGCAGAGGAAACCAAUUAUAUCACAGGCGAAUGAAUCCCUGGGAUGGGAGCCAAAAGUUAAGCUACGAGAUGGACUUCCCCAUAUGGUGGAGGAUUUUCGUCAGAGGCUUGGACUUCCUAAGAACUGAAACAAUACUGAUGGCACUAGUUGCCAACCAUUUACUUUUUAUAAGUGAGGAUUCUUUGAGAGGCUUCAUUACUGUUUUGAUAUCUACCAGAUCUCCUUGUUUUGUACUUUGUUGGUUCUGAAAAUAAAAGUUUGUUCCAUUUCC